AUGCAGCUGAAGAAGAUUACUCAGAUAACCGACGAACAAAUAAAGGGCAGUUUACAUGUUCCGGAGAAACGUAUGAAAUUCUCGAGGAAGAACAAACUAUUUGAAAAGUAUGAGGGGCAUGUUGAACAGGACGAAGUAUUUUCUGCCACUUCUGAUGAAGAACGCCCAUCCACCUCAGCUGGUCCGAGUCACAGGGAAGUUAUAGGGAUGGAGGUAAAGAGAGACGGAGGUAAAGAGAGGCAGCCACGAUCUGGUGGUCACCAACAUCAGCGAAAAACGAAAAUCUUCGCCUAG